GGGCUCUAGCUGGCUAAAAACUGUCAGCUGAGUUUUCCUUGCAAGUCUACAGGGAAAAAAACACAGCUCAACAAAAACACGUCAAGCCAUGGCAGCGGAGAUCCAUUCAAGGCCCCAAACAUCAAGACCAGUUCUUCUUAACAAAAUCGAGGGACACUCAGAUGCUGUCAAUGCUGCUGUUUUGAUUCCAAAAGAGGACGGAGUCAUUACGGUUAGCGAGGACAGAACAAUCCGGGUAUGGCUCAAGAGAGACAGUGGCCAGUAUUGGCCCAGCAUUUAUCACACCGUCUCCUCGCCAUGCUCCUGCAUGUCCUACCACCAUGACAGCAGACGCAUCUUUGUAGGCCAGGACAAUGGUGCUAUUGUGGAAUUUCUCAUCUCGGAAGACUUCAACAAGAUGAACCUUGUCAAGACAUAUCCAGCCCACCAGAAUCGCGUGUCAGCCUUGGUGUUUUCUCUGGAGAGUGAGUGGGUGGUGAGCACCGGACACGACAAGAGCGUCAGCUGGAUGUGCACCCAGAGUGGCACCAUGCUGGGACGACACUACUUCGGCUCCUGGGCCUCCUGCCUGCAGUAUGACAACGCCACGCAGCAUGCCUUCGUGGGGGAUUACUCCGGGCAGAUCACCCUUCUGAAACUGGACAGGCAGUCCUACUCUACCAUCACCACACUGAAAGGCCAUGAAGGUUGUAUAGGAGCUCUGUGGUGGGAUCCUGUUCAGAGUUUGCUGUUUUCUGGGGCGUCAGACCACAGCGUCAUCAUGUGGGACAUCGGCGGGCGCAAGGGGCGCACACUACUUCUGCUAGGACACCACGAGCGCGUGCAGGCGGUGCGUUACCUGCAGGUCACCCGGCAGCUGCUGUCCUGCUCGGCCGACGGAGGCAUCACCGUGUGGAACAUGGACACGCACAGAGACGAGGCUCCUCAGUGGCUGGAGAGUGACUCGUGUCAGAAGUGCGAGCAGCCUUUCUUCUGGAACAUCAAACAGAUGUGGGAUAGUAAGACCAUGGGGCUUCGGCAGCACCACUGCAGGAAAUGCGGCAAGGCGGUGUGCGGGAAGUGUAGCAGCAAGCGCUCCACCUACCCCGUCAUGGGCUUUGAGUUCCAGGUGCGGGUGUGUGACGCCUGCUUCGACACCAUCAAGGAGGAAGAUCGGACAGCCCUGGCCACGUUCCACGAGGGGAAGCACAACAUCUCCCACAUGGACAUGGACCCUUCCCGAGGCCUGAUGGUGACCUGUGGCAGCGACCGCAUCGUCAAGAUCUGGGAUAUGACACAGGUGGUUGGCUGCAGCUUAGCAACGGGUUUCACUCCUCGCUGACUGGCCCCUGCCCCCCUGUUGGUCCCAAGACUCCGCCCCCCCCAUUCAGACCAGAGAACUGCAGUCGCCAUGGAAACUAUCCUCUCAUCUGUCCGACUCCUCCCCUUCUGCUUGUGCUUUUUUAACCCAAUCUGGACGUAUGGAAGAAGUAGUUUGUGUGUGUGUGUGCGUGCGCAUCCUUGCAUUUCAAUUAUGUGUGUGUACGUGCGCCUGCAUGUGUGAUUGACAUGGGUCUCAGGUCUGAUUUGCAGCGUGUAUUUGGCUAAUCUUAUUCUAAGCACAACGUAAGUUUGCGAACGGCUGGUCGUGUGUACGAACACGUAUGACUGAGUUUGCUGUACAGUACUGAUUGGGAAGAUUGAUAUUGAUUGUGGUUUUGUUUGGCUUGUGUUUGGUUCUGUCAACAUAGUUGGUCGGCCCUUAUUUCUCUUGCACUGUAACGUGGGAAUGGUAAAGCGACCCAAAUCCACCAUUCCCCUCGAAACCAUUCCUCGCAGCAGCAUCCAUCUUUUAGCAUUCACUAAACACUACCUGGAUGUAGUCUUUCCCGGCCACUGUAACGUAGAAACACGACGUCCGUAUGCCCUCGUGUGUGUGUGUGUGUGUCAUGUACACUGCUCGGUGUUGUCCCCUUGUUUACGUCUCCCACGGAGGGAAAGAGCGUUGGCUUUUGCUCUGCGCUCCCUCGCCGGUUCUCGUUCUCUCUUUCACUAGUCGGCCUUAAAAUCUCGUGUUCGUCUCAGGAGGCAAACGCAGAAGACUCUUGUCAGAGGGCGGAGCCAGAUGUGUCUGCCAUCGGCCCACUCUGUUACGGUGUUUUUUUCAUUUAUAUAUAUAUAUUUUCUUUUCUUUUUUCUGUCAACUAGUCCACUCUCACCCCGCAUAUGUACAGACACCACGUGUAGCACGGAUAAGUCCACUCUGCUGCCUUUUGUGACAAGUUGUAUGAGUAUCCUGUCAAAUAAACUGCAUUAAGGUUUGCUCAAGAGGGUUUUCUUCUUUAGACAGGCACUUGGUCAUUGAAGCGGUACGUUCUAUUGUAAAUGUAGCACUAAACAUGGUCAUACUCUCUUUCUGGUGAAGUCAUUAUUUGCUGUGGAACACGAGGCUGUGUGUGUGUUUCCUCCGGGGCCUUAAGAUCUCAAGCCUUCUAGAUGUUUCUAAACGCUCAACUCACGACUGUUCACGCGCACACUCACUCCACUCUCUAACUGAAUUUUUUUGGGGGGGUUGGUGGGGUGGUCAUUUUCUCAACCUUCUUUUUUGAAAGGUUGACUCAUUAAUCUUAGUGCUGUACCGUCCCCAUCUCUCCGUCCUCCUCUCUCCCUGGCAUGGCUUCCGGAAGGCUCUCACCUGCACUGAAUGCACAUUUGGUGUUUUGUUUUCCAGGACACGUUUUAACACCAUUUAGAUUUUGUUUCCUUUAAGGUGUAUGUGUCUUUAAGGGUGUCAAUGUUGGUUAACGUAUGAUAGGAUAGACUCACACUUGUUCAAGGUAAAAAAGAAAAGAAAAAAAAAGAGUUCAGUUUCGAGAACUUUGAACUGAAAUUCCUGAUAGCAGUCACAUUCCAGUUUGGGUCGUGUAGUGUGUGUUUAUAUUUGUAGAGAUUUGUAAUUAUGACGAUUGUGUUCAUGGUAUCCGUUUGUUGAUUUAUACUGUGAGUAGGACAGGUGCAGGAUGGUCACAUUGAAAGCAGUUUACUGUCACCCCCCCGCCCACCUCCCCCCCACACCACCUCACACAACACCUCACACAACACCUCACGCAACACACACCACCAUCAAGGAUGUUCAGGGUUCUUGGCCAUACUUUGCUACAGAACAAUCAGGAGCUCAGUUGUUUGUUUUUUGAAUGAUCAUCUUAUCCCAAGUUCCAGUUCUCUUUGAUCACAAACUGUGGGUUUACGCUAUGAGGAGGAGCCAUUAACCAAAAGAGGUCUGUGUAGUUUCCCUCGCUGAAACCUCCAAUUGAGUUGAAUAAUCUGUUCAUCUGGAAUUAAGUAGGUAACUCAAACAGUCUCCCUUGAAGAAUUUAUACCUUGUCGUUAUUCUGUCCAUGUCAGCUUAUAGAUUUUUAGGUCAGAUACAUUUUGGUUCGUUUUUUGUUUUGUUUUUAGAAGCCAACAAAGAUGUUUUGUAACUAUACUUUGGCGAUGCCUCAUACAGACACCAUACCAUGUACGUUUGUAGCUUUGUUUCCCUCGUUUUCAUCAUGUCAUAUCUGUUCGUAAAAGAAUCUGUCCACAAUGUUGUAUAUCUCUAAUAAUUGUAUUUUUAAACUGAACCCUUGUUGAUAUUACAAUACUGACUUUAGCCUCCCUGUGGCUCAUGUCAGCUUACGGGGAGGAAUUAAAUAAAAGCUUAAUAAAGAUAUUAUGACCUGUCA